AUGGCUUCUAGCAACUCCCAAAAUCCAUCAGGCGGGAAUGAACUCUAUAACCAGUUCCAGAAUCUUGGUCUCGGAGGAAAUCAGCCGGUGGUUCGGGAUGACAUUGACUAUGAACCUCCCCCAGGACCACCACCCAACUGGAAGCCUCCGGCCACUUCCAAGCCAGCUGAAUCCCCCCAAAGAACCGAACAGACGUCUAAUCCUGUUCAUCCAGAGCCUAAAGCAUCAAGCCCAAGCCGGCUUCAUCCAUCGGGAGUUGUUCCUCUGACUCAAUGUGCUAAAUACGCCGUUGGUCUUGACCUGGACUGGUUCCAUUAUCCUACAAUCCCGUCUUUUCAUAUUUGCAGCUACUGCUACACACAACACAUCUACAACACCCAAUUCCAGCAGCUAUUUGAAAAGACCCGUCUUGAAGCAGCGAGAGAGAAUCAGUGUCAAUUUGGAUCCGCCCGCAUGAAAACAAUAUGGGCCACCGCCGUAUCCUCUGGCGAUCUGGACCCUGUUGUCGAGUUCAUGAAGAAGAGGUCUGCCAUUCCCAAUUGCCAGUUGACAAAACAGCUUGAGGGGGAAAGCUGGUAUGUCAGCCAAGACCUACAAGGUAUGACAUUGUGUCGAGCCUGCGUUGAGGAUACAAAUAUCAGACCCUUGUUUCGAGAAAAGUUCACCCUCCAGACUACGGCUGCCGCGUAUUGCGAUAUGAGCAUUAGAUUUAUUGCCGGCAUGUUUGAAAAGUAUAAAGAGACUGGGAGCUGGGAAACCUUCGUUUCAGAUGUUUCCGCCCGACUCUCAGUCGGGGCAUGCCCACUUAGAGAACCUGCCCCAGGAGUAGGACGUCUGUGGUUACAAACUCGCCAGGGUCACUCUCACUCGAGCCUCAAGAUAUGUGCUGGUUGUUAUAUGGACUUCUUUGUAGGCAAUCCCGAUGAAGCGGUCUUUGAGAAGGCUAGUGAAUCUUGGGAUUAUGUUCACUGUGACAUUGGGAAUUCCUUCUUGCAGUUUACUGCGGUAUCCGCUGCCGACAAAGGCGACCUGAGCAUCUUCUGGAAGGCUGUGCGCGGCAUGAGAAGCCAACCCCAAUGUACCGACCAAGGCAUUACAGGAGGAAAUUGGUAUGAACUCAAGGGAAGACCCCUAGGGUUUUCCAUCUGCGGUUCCUGCUAUGCUUCCUUAGUAGACCCUACUGGGCUCGGGCAUCACUUCAUUUCCGCAGGUCACUCCUCGCAGAAGACACUGUGCUCUUUCAAUCGUGGUCACGGCCGGUUCACGGAAUAUUUAAUCAAUUUCUCUCGGUCCAUGGCCAUUGGAGACAUCAAAUGUCUUGAAGAGUAUAUUACGAAAUAUGGAACCAUCCUCGUUUGUCCGAAAUACCGGCCCACGAGUGCAAAGGGCGGGAAAUUUUGGGGCUGGGACAACCUAACCAUAUGCGAGAACUGUUACAUCGACUUUGCGAAAGGAACAAGCCUAGAAAGCAGGUAUCUCCUCAAAGGGAGCCUCGACCCCGUGGGUAAGAUGUGCGAUUUAUACUCCCCGCGGAUGAGAAAGCUCUACUCGGAGGCUUGCACAACAGGGGAUCUUGACGGACUUCUGGUCAAAGCCAGCCAGAGGCGCGACGUCUGGUACACUACAGUCCCUGUUAUUCACCGGAUGGAGUUGAAUCUCCAGGAGGCUGCUUUCCAAGCGGACAUGCACCGGCAAGAGUCCACUUUCUAUAACAACCUUGGACAUUAUGUGCACAAUAUAGUUGGAAAUACCUACACAGUUGGGAACUCGUAUGCCGGAUAUGGCCACGCCAAUGAAUACUUGUUGACGGGCCAUACACAUCAUAAACAGGCAAAGGAGGCGUCACGCAUGGCAUCGGAUGAGUCGAGCUGGAGCACAGUGAGUAUGCUGAAAGAGCAGUGGGCUCAGGUGGAAUAA